AUGAGGUUUCCUUUUCUUCUUCUUCUACGGCCACACAGGCGAUACAUCAGCACACAGGCGACACAGAUAUCAGCCGGUUUCUUCUUCUUCUACGGCGCCGGAGAUUCUUUUCGGCCGGCGAUUCUUCAGGUUAGUCUUGUUUUCGGACAACAAUGUAGCGAUUGUGAACCGGGGUGUAAGUCGUAUAAUACGGCAUUGGAUGUGUUGGUUGAAGGGGGUUGUUCGAAAGUUGCACGCAAUGUGUUUGAUGAAAUGCUUCCGAGAGGCGUUGCGCCGGAUGUGUUUAGUUUUUCGAUUAUGAUGAAAGGGUUGUGUAACGUUAAUGAGGUGGAUGCGGCGUGUGGGUUGUUGAGGGGUAUGACGAAGUAUGGGUGUGUGCCGAAUGCGGUUGUUUAUCAAACAUUGUUGCACACGUUGUGUAAGUUUGAUCGCGUUGACGAAGGGUUGAAGCUUUUUGAUCGAAUGCUUCUUCGUGGGUUUAAUCCUAAUGCUUUAACUUAUGGAGUUCUUAUUCACGGGUCGUGUCGAACGGGUCAAGUUGAAGAAGCUAAGGCUCUUCUUAGCAAAGUCCCUGAACCCAAUAGCUUCAUGUUUAGUGAUAGCAUGUUUAGAAACGGCUGCCAGCCGGAUAUUCAUACGUACAAUACACUCAUUCGUGGUUUAUGCGAAACCGGGCGUUUAGUUUCAGCUCGUGAGUUGAUAAAUGAGAUGACGUUAAAAGGGUGCGAGCUAAACACCGUUACAUACACAAUCUUGAUCGACGUGCAUUGCAAGGAACAACGAUUAGAAGGAGCCGGUGAGAUCAUGCGUGAAAUGUCGAAAAACGGGUUGUGCAAAACGGCAUGUUUAAGCAUGUUUGAUGAUGCGUAUUUGCUUCUAAAUAGAGGUGUUGCUAAAGGGUUUGUACCGAAUGGUGUAACGUGGUACACAUUGGUUUCCAGUGUUGUCAUGGAACUUGCUGUCUGGGAAGCUGGAGUGAUCAUGGGCCGUGGCAAUUGGAACGCUUCUUGA